GAGUCUUCCUUUAAAAAUGCAAAUGCACUUGAUACUGAUACAGCGACUAGUCCUAUUCUCGUGACGAGUCCGUCAAUACCAAGCACGUCGACCACGCCUGUGAAAGAACCGAGCGACGCGAAGGACGACACUACUUUCGAUAAAGUUUACCUGGCACCUGAAAGUAAAAGUAUAGAAUUAUUUUUCGACAGCAUGGCACAGACGGUGAAGAAACUACCGCCUAAGGCGCAGGCGGACAUUAAGAUGCACAUCUGCAAGCUCGUCACAGAGGCGGAGGUGCGGUAUUCUGGCCAGACCAUGCCGCAGACUACACAACAAUUCAUAGCGCCGCCUGGCAUGAUACCUAAGCUAGUAUUGAUACCUUGCAAUAUGAUAGAUAAUCAAAAUCCUAAAGUUUGAUCCAUUCAUGUACAUAGUACGUUGGAUUACAAUUAUCAGAUUUAGUACAAAACAAUCACAUUCAUUUUACGUUUUACGUGUUGACGAUGCGUUAAAAAUUUGCUAACAUGUAAGACUUUGCACAUAUGCAUAAAAUAUCGAAUGUCAGCUACACAAAGAUUUCUUAUAUGGACAAUAAAAGUCAUCAAAGCUAA